CACGCUGUCCUGACACUACAGCCUUCUCAUCAGGUUAGCACUUUCUCUCCUGACAGGUUUUCGUCUCACCCUUUUGUGAAGUCCGCGUUUCAAAGGCAGCCGGUCUUGAUUUUUGGAAAUCCAGUACGCGUUUGCUUCUAGUCUGUUCCUCGCUCCGCUGAAGAUGAGCCGCUCGCGCUGUGUUGCUCUGCUGCUGUUGGUGCUCUGCGGAGCCGCUGAGUUCGCCGAAGCCUGCAGCUGCUCUCCAGAACAUCCUCAGCAGGCGUAUUGCAAUGCGGAUGUCGUGAUCAGAGCCAAAGUAGUCGGACGAAAGGAGGUGGUCACCGGCAAUGAUGCCUAUGGCUAUCCAAUCAAAAUGAUCCAAUAUGACAUCAAACAGAUAAAGAUGUUUAAGGGCCCUGAUGGAGACAUUGAUACCAUCUUCACGGGACCCUCCUCAUCUUUGUGUGGGGUCAAUCUCGAGAGCAAUGGCAAAAAGGAAUACCUGAUUACUGGUAAUAUGGAUUCAAAUGGCACACUGCGGAUAAAUCUUUGCGACUACGUUGAAUCUUGGGAGUCUCUGAGUAUGACACAGAGGAAGAGUUUGGGUCAGCGUUACCAGAUGGGCUGUGAUUGCAGGGUCGUCCAGUGUCCCAUGAUUCCCUGUUCCAUUAAUGACCCCAAAGAGUGUCUUUGGACUGACUGGGUGCUGGAGGGAACAGUUCAGGGGACCCAGGCUCAGCACUAUAACUGCAUUAAGAGGAAUGACAGCAGCUGUGCCUGGUACCGUGGAUCUGCCCCUCCAUCAAAAGAGUUCAUGGACAUUGCGGACCCAUAAGCAAGUCCUCAGCUCGAUCACUCAUUCAGAAAAUCCCCCACAACACAGCUUACCUGAGCUUAAACUCACACCUUAACUCUGCAGAUGCAUUCUAGAGCUCAUGAAACCUGUCAAGAACAUGUUUGAAUCACCCCAAAUUCAAAAGAAAAAGAUAAAAUAGAUGGUAAUAUUUUUGUAUGAAUGAAUUAAAAGAAAUAAUGAAUAUUUUAUAUAAAGAAAAUUAAGUUUGAAAGAAUAUAAAAACGCAUGUCCUCCAGAUUUUUUGUUUUUAUUGUAGUAUUAUGAAUAGAUAUUCUCAUUAUUGUAUUACAGUAUUUAGAUUGUAGAGAAUUACAAACAAACUAAUAAGUAAUACAUCCGAGCACUUCCGAUUGUUAUGCUGGAAAUAUAAUGUUGUAUAUUUUUCUUUUGAUUUUAGGGUGAAUUAUGGUGAAGUAAUUCUGUAGCAUGAAAGGAUGCAUACAUUUGUUUGCAUGUUAUUACAUCAAUUAAAUCAUACCUCUAGUGUAUUUUUUAUGACAGGCAUAAAAGUUCUCUUAAGCACUUUGAGAACGUUGUGAAUUGUUUGUGUAAUAUUUUUUGCCAAUAAAGAGGAAAUCAGUUACAACAUUGUUUUUCACUUCCUCAAGCACAGCUUGAGUAAAGAGUUCUUGAUAUGUUGUCAUUAUUAUUCUUACAAUGCGAAGCAGAAAGACUGAAGUAAUUGUGCCUUGAAGGGUUUAUGGGACAGGUGAUUAGAAGGCUAUGCAGACAGGCUAGUUUAUGUCUUAAGAUUCUGUUGAAAUUUUCAUCAUAAAGAAAAAAAAUGCUCUUUUAUAAUUAAAGAUACACUACCAAUCAAAACUUUGGACACACUUGAUUAAAUCUGUGUUCCUCUGUUUAAAUUAAAUUACUUUUUAACUCUCUCACAAACACACACACACAAAUAGAACAUAGUUUUUGUCACUACAUAAUCCCCAAACUUUAUUUUUGUGCUGUUUCAUAGUUUUGACCAAACUAUUAUUUUAAAAUGGAGAAAAUUGUAAUCCUACCAAUAUAUAAAGUAGUCAUAAUAGUCAGAAUCAGAACCACUUAAGUGUGUCUAGACCUUUGCUUGAUAGUGUACAUCAGAAAGUGAAUUUAAUCCAUGUGUGUGUAAAUCAUAAGUAAGAUGAAAAUUCUAUAUUGUACUGUGCAUGUAGCAACCUACAUAGAUCUGGCAAUGAUGUAUGUAUUUUGUAAUAUAUACAGGAUUUUCUAAUUUAAAUCAAACUUAUCUGCUUUGAAUGUGUCCAGAACAUAUAUGCAAUUGUUUUUUGUUUUUGUUUUGUUGAAAUGGUUGAAUUAGUGAAUGCUCUAGACUCAGAAAAAUGCAUUGAGUGAGAGUUAUGUUGUUUACCCAUGAUACUUUUUGUACAUUUGUGUUCUUUCCCUUAGUCCUUCGAUAAUUUUUUUAAAGCAGUGUGAGAUUUCCAGUGCUGGAACCAUUGGGAAGACUUGUUGAGAGCUAGCCUUUGCAUGCCUUUUAAAGUCAACUGAUUAUCAUUGUUAUAACUGUUAUAGUACUCAUGAAUAAAGGAGCAGAAAUGUC